AUGGGCCGGGGACCACUAGAGAAAAAACUCAAGUUCACCAAGGACAACAAGGACCUCACAAAAGUCCCAGCAUAUGUCAGCGUUGAAACGCGACCAAUUCCCCACGCACCCGUAGCCUCCCCCUAUGCCGGAGCAGAUGUACCCAAAAUUGUCUACAUCUCAUCGCGCACACCAUUCAUGAGCGCGGUGAAACGAGUCAAGAAACUACUCAGCGAAGCAGAGAAGCGCGCUACGUCCGGAGUCAACCUCGAAGAUACGCGAACAACCGAGGCGCAGAAAUUGGCUGAGCUGGCUAAGGUUGCUGAGAAGCGGGAAGAGAUAUUUGUGAAGGCCAGCGGGGGCGCGAUUGAGAAGGCGCUUAAUCUUGGCAAAUGGUUUGAGGAGAAGAGCACUGAGUAUAUCGUGCGGGUCACGGCUGGGCGUGAAAUUGUUGUUGAUGAUCUUCAUGUGGUCUCCGAGAAGAAGGAACGGGUGGUGCAGAAGAAGCUGCGCAAGGAGGAACAGAAGUUGAAAGAGACUUCUGGGAAAGAUGGGGAAUCAGUACCUUCUGCUCAUGCAGUGCCUUCUGCUGAUGGUCAUUUGAAGCGCAAGAUAGAGGAUAGUGUGCCUGAUGAUAUUGAGAUCCCUGAGACCAGAACUCGAUGGAUUAGGACUGUUGAGGUAGCCGUUAGCCUCAAGUGA